CUAUUAUUUCAUUUUUUUUAUUUUUUUUAUUUUUUUAUUUUCUGAUUAUUUGAAAUGUUUUUGCAUUUCUAUUUAUUUAUUUAGAAAAUCUUUCUAACGGAGAUCUCCUUAGUCUAUUGUCAGAAGAUCAAUCACAAAAUCUUUUUAAUGCUUUUGUUUUAGCUUUUAACAAGUUGAAGGAUAGUGACUAUGUAUUUAAAGUUUUAAUGCCUGAAUCAAUUGUAUUUUUAUUUGCUAACGCUAGUAAUGUGUCAAGAAUAAAGGCUGAAGUAGCUCUGAGUGCUUACAUUUCUGAAAGAGAUAAAAAACGUUUCUGUAGCUCACCAGAAGCAUAUUGUAGGACUGGUAAGACUGGUAUUCAAUCAAUAUUUACUUUUCAUUUACUCGAACGAAUGCGUUGUGGUGGUUUCAAUCAAAACGUUUUAAAGCUUAAUCAAAUUGGCUGCCGUUUUGCACAUGAGCUAAGUUCCAGUAUUUGUGUGUUGAAUCGCCUUGUUUUAAAAUCUUAAUAUACUAUGGAAUAUUACUAAAUAUACUUAAUAUACUAAAAAGGCGUAAGAUAACAGACUAUUGUCAACAAAAGUAACAGUUUUUUUAUAAAAUGUAAAAGUUUUUUUUCAAUUGUAUUUUAUUUGUUUAUGUAAAGUACCUAAAGCUAAUGUUUUCUAAUGUCCACACAAAAUUGGUUUUGUAUUGACAUUUGACAAUUAACUUUACACUUUACGCAACUCGUGUACUCAAUUACACUAAUAAUUAGUGUGAUAAAAAGUGACUAAUUCAAAAGUAAAAAGUGAACUAAAAAUAAAAAGUGACUAAAUCACAAAUUCAUCUUGACUUACAGUAGCGGUGAUGCUACAAAAUGUUAGAAGGGUAUUCAUCGUGUUCUUUUUUGUUUAUUUUCCAGUCCUACAACUACAAUAGUUGACGACGUCAGUCAAGUGAGUUUACCCAGUGGUUCACUACCUAAAAUUCUGCAGUCGUCACUACUAAUUUGUAAUCAAUUGAUAUUAAUAAACCUAUUGUAUAAUAAUUUAUAUGCCUGUCUCACAUAAAUUUUUGGGAGGGGGAUACCCCAUCCAAAAUCCUCCCCUAAGUAAACC